AUGGCUACCACGUCAAGAAGUAGGAGGAAGCAGGAAGAUGAGAAAAAGAAUAAGAAGAAACAGUCGCCGGUUGACGAACGACCGAUGGUACCCGUUCCCAGUGAAGCGAUGCUCAACAAUCUACGUACAGCUUUUGGACUGUUGGACCGCGACAGCGACGGCCACGUGACUGCCGCUGAGCUACAGUUUAUGCUACGCAACCUCGGCAUUCAGGUCAGCGACGACCUAAUCUCAGACCUCAUAAAGGAUGCCAGUAAGACUGGUAAUGGUCUCAUAGACGAAAAUGAGUUUAUGCAGUGGGUGACGAAGAUACAAGCGCUACAGGGUAUGGACGUGAGCUCGAGCGGGGGCGAUUCCGAGGAGGAGAUCACGAGGGACCUGCUCGCGGCCUUCAAGGUGUUCGACCGCGACGACAACGGCUAUAUAACGCGCGACGAAUUGCGCUCAGCGCUCGAGAUGAUAGGCGAGCCUGUCACCGACGCCCAGCUCAACCAAGUUCUGGCGCUCGGCGACAUUGAUCACGACGGACGCAUAGACUACGAAGAAUUCGUGAAAAUGCUACUA